AUGGCUACGGCUGCGGUGCUCAGUCUCUUGGACGAGCAAACUAGGAAAACAGCGUUUGAAGGCAGUCUGGCCAAAUUAAAAGCCGCGCCCGGUGUCGACGUCAAUGCACUCGAUAUUUGCGUGCGACUGCUGCCCUCCGAAAGCGCUGAUCAAGAAGGAGGCGACACUUCGCAGCAUGGAGAACUAUGGCAUACUGUCUUAGACUGUCUAGUCGACGAACAGGCAUCCCAGAGUCUAUACGAGAUUGCUGAGAUAUGCCAUAGCCACGGAUCGUUUGCCGCUUCGCUCCUCAGCUCCAAGCUCAACCACAGGCUUUCUACUCUGGUUGAAGAUCUCUCAUCUAGCCAACCGCAUCCGGAUAGUCUCCAUUGUGCGAAGGCUUACCUUGAAUUUCUCAAGUGCUCUUUCUGGAUACCAGCCGCGUAUGCACACAUGGUCGACCCUUGGACUCUCCCUCUUCUUUCAAAUUUCAUCGGCAUCGACAGGCUCGAUGACACAGCGCAUGAUACGUUAUCCGCUUUCUUUUCGCUGCUAAAGAGCAAGAAGGAUGACUCGCUCGCCCAUCUCGACGACAUUGUGGAUCAGUCAAUAUGGGACCGACUUAACGCUCUCGACAUGGCAUGUUUCGCCGCUCGCUCUAGCAAGAUCUAUCGGACUUGGUUCCAAUGGAUCUCCCUUGCCGUUUCUGGUGGCAUCAAGUUGGACUGCGUAAGCGACGAGGAGUACUGGAGAAAGCUUAGAUUGGGUCUUGUAAAGGGGCAUGCUGACCAGCGCAAGUACUGUCUUGGAAUCAUUCGACAAUCUUUCCUCGCUACAUCUAGUCCCAUCGAUACACCAACGAUGCGAUACGAUGCUAGCAAAGAAGACCGUGAGCAGUACGAUCUGUACUCGACACUGUUUGAGACGAUCGUGCUACAUCGGUAUUCUGGACAAGUCGAAGAUUGCUUGAAAUCCAUGACAAACCUUCUUGGAUCUUCUUCGGCAACAGGUUUUUCCAGGGUCACUCCUGCAAUGGCAACAACGCUGCUCACUGCAGCUUUGAAUCCACUGAUUCAAGAGAGCGUCAGAAAGAUGAUUGGUGGUUGGUACAUGGAUUUUGUCAUCAAGCGCCGUGGUGACUUGAACGGUCAUAUCAACUUUCUAUUCGAUGGAUUUCUGCCUUGGGCAAUGGAUGGGGGCCUCUUCACGUCAACGCUUACUACCACACGAUCAUCGACAGAGUGCGCUCACGGAGAGAGGCUCGCCGCUGUCAUUUCCCACUUCGUAUCCGACACAGAAGAUAGCCCAUCCUUCGUCCCUUCAGUCAACUACAACGUUACCGAGGCUGGCAUCGACAACCGUAAUGGUCGGGCAAUUGUCCUCGGCGUUGUUCGCUAUAUCUUCAAUGCUGGUGGUAAGAUGUUCCAACCAGCAAUAUUGUACUUGCUACAUGGUCUCAUUGAAGGCCUAAAGGUGAGGUCCGAACGAAGGACUUCACAUCAGAAGCUGGAUAUCUCAGAGAUCACAGAGAUAUUGAAUCUGUCGCGACUGCCUGGCAUGCCCGAGGUAGCAAGUGACUUGCACAGUAUCCACUGCCGAAAGCUCUGCGAUCUUCUCGACCCUGAUCUAGGUUCGACGGGUAUACCCACCAAUGAAAGCUUACGCGCCAAGUGCCAGAAGCUAGAAAAUCCAGUAGACCAGUCUGCAUUACCAGCAUCUAUUACCGAGAAUAAUGGCGGCAUACCCACUUUUGAGUCUUUCUUGAACGAUCUCCACGACUCGAAACAUAGCUGUAUACAAGGUCCAGCCUUUGCACCAGCUUGCAAGGCUAUGGUUGAGCUGCUCGACCGGACGGACGUAACCAACGUCGACCCCAACGAUCUACAUACUAUAUUAGCAGCACUUUGGGAAGAGGCGGAAAUCCGCGACUUCAUCCGACCAUUCGCUGUACAUCUACCACCGUUGCUAUUUCACCCGACAUGCAUCAAUGUUUGUGCCAGGGAUAGUCAAGAAGACGGCGGUUUGGAGUCAGACCUCACUUCACUCCUGUCUAAAGCCAUGUUGCGUCUCACGAAGCUAUCCAAGGGAAGGUCAUACGUUCUAGCAGUGUUGGCUCAAACACUGCGCAAAGCUGCGUUCACAAAUCCGUCCAUCAUAUCCAUACUUCCCUUUGAAGACUACAUUCUUGACUUUGUCAACGACCCGGCAUCGAUCAGACCGGAGUUUUUGUUCGAAGUGGCCGCUGCCGACAAACUUCAACGAUACUUACCGCAUCGAACGUAUGCCUCGUAUUAUGGUAUGCGAGAAUGGCACGCAUACGCGGCUGUUAUAGACCUUCUGCGAAGUUUCCCAAAAGAGCAAACAAGUACUGCCCGAAGGAUAUUCGAUCAGCUACUACAGCCCUGGAAGGAUCAGAAACCACCAGUCGCUGUCAAGAGCCCAUGGAAGAGGACAUUCCAGCUACAGUCGAUGCUGUUGAUGAGCCACUACUGUGUGAUGGAAUCCGACGUAGACGCUUAUCUCGACGGUUUUACACAUGCCUUGACGCUGGAAUCAUGGCCAAGGUACCGCUACCUGCUCGAAUGGACCAUCGCACGCAUCUACCGUCAAUUCCCAGGCAAGUCUCUUCGAAUCGUUAAAGAGCUUGGAGACCUGGAAGAGUACAGCCCUAUUCAUAUCGCCAGUCUAAUCAAACUGGGUCUCCUCGUUGCUCCAUACGAGUCACAGGACUUUGCUGUUAAGCUCAUUACUGAACUGAAUGCGUACUCUGCUAGUCCCAAAGUCCAGAUUCGUCACGAAGCAAAUUUUGCUUUCCCGCUGGUUUUCGAAUUAGCCAUCACCAAGGGCUGGAAAGACGUUGUCGAGAAUACUGCGUUCGCGGGGAUGAAUGCUUUUAUCCGGCGACUGGACAAGUUUAAUGCUUCUCCAUGGACAAUAAGAACACUGAAGGUUGACAUUGAACAAGACUUUACCCUAGCAGGCAUCUUCCAGGGACGGUACUUGUCAAUUGAGACACCGGAACAGGAGGUCGUCACGCGCGAAGACUUCGAGGUGCUUGAGCAUGAGCAUCAGUCAAGCCAUGCGAACCGACCUUCGGCACACAUACAACUUGGACAACACACCAAAACUAGCUUCGAUAUCGUCGCACCACCAGCAGUAAACCUAGCUGCCUCCGAACCUGAACCAAGCGGCCAAAUAACCCUCCAAACCAAAGCUGGCAUCGAUCUCGACAACCUCCACCCACCUAGCGGGCCACCUGCCGCCCAAAACCAACGUCCUGCAUCUGUCAUGCUCAUAGCGUCCUUGAUAGACAAUCCUACCAAUCUUGGUGGUCUAUCCCGUAUCUCAGAGUCGUUUGGCCUCGAGAGUCUCUACAUUGACGACCUCAAGAAGGUCGCGCACAAGGACUUCAAAGCUACUAGUGUGCGCUCGGAGAAGCAUCUGUCUAUCAAGGAGUUGAAAGAGGUUGGGGUACCGGCGUUCCUGCUAGAUGCAAAGAGUAAGGGAUAUGAGGUUGUUGGUAUUGAACAGACGGAUCGGAGUGGGAUAUUGGGGACUGAGGGUGGUGAAAGUCAUGUGGUGAGUGAUCAUGAGGGGAAUAUGGAGUACAUCAAGAGGGAGAUUAGGAGUCAGGAUAUUGGUACGCUGCCGAAGAAGUGUUGUCUAGUGCUCGGUAGUGAGAAGGAAGGGAUCUCAGCGGAAGUGCUUGCUGUUAUUGAUCGUAAUGUCGAGAUCAAGACUGUGGGAGUGACUAGGAGUUUGAAUGUUCAAACUGCAGGUGGUAUCGCACUGUACGAGUGGUGGAGAGAAUGGGGCGGCAAGGCUUGA